CGCGCAGGCGGCCGGUGCCGGGGCGAUGCCGGCGGUGCUGGGGGUUGUGUGGGCGCUGCUGGCCGCCGCCUUCCUGGCGGCGCUGCUGCUGCAGCAGGCCCAGGCGCGGCGGCAUGGCGGCGGCGGCGGCAGCGGUCUCUUCCAGGAUCUCAUCCGCUACGGGAAGACCAAGAGCGGCUGCGAGCAGCGCCCUGCCUGGCUCCGGCUCUUCGACGUGCCCAAAAGGUGGUUUACUCACUUCUAUGCUGUUUCCGUGCUUUGGAAUGGCUUUCUGCUGAUCUGGCUUAUCCAAGCUCCAUUCCUAAGAGGAUCUCUGUCAUCAUGGCUUCAGCACCUGCACCAUGCUCUUGGCAGAGCUUCAGAGAACGAGGACAUGGAUAGUGAAUACUUGUCUGCACUCUUGGUUCUCCUGCUCCUUUGGCUGCACAGCUUUCGAAGACUUGCAGAAUGCCUCUGUAUCAGUGUAUUUUCCAAUGGCGUCAUUCAUAUCGUGCAGUAUUGCUUUGGACUUGGUUACUACAUUGCUGUUGGCUUAACUGUGCUAUGUCAAGUGCCUGCUAAUUUCAGGAAUGGAGAAGAUCUUUCUGUGCAGAUCUGCUGGUAUCACAUCAUAGGAAUUCUGAUGUACGUUUGGGCCUCACUUCACCAACACAGAUGUCUUGUGAUUCUAGCUAAUCUUAGAAAAAGCAAAUCAGGAAAGGUCAUAAAUCUGAAACACAGUAUACCUUUUGGAGACUGGUUUGAGAGAGUUUCUUGCCCUCAUUAUUUUGCAGAAUUGCUCAUAUACGUAUCUAUGGCUGUCACACUUGGAUUUCACAAUGUGACAUGGUGGUUUGUAGUGAUGUACGUUCUUUUUAACCAGGCACUGGCUGCUGUUUUGUGUCAUGAGUUCUAUCAGAACACAUUUGGCUUCUAUCCAAAGCAUCGAAAAGCAUUUAUACCAUUUGUUUUCUAGAAUAUUUCUUUUAAAUAUCUUUAGUACAAACUAGGAAAUGUUUUCUGUAAGGGAACCGAGGUUCCACAAUAAAUUAACACAGUUUCUCUAA